CAGGUGUGGCGGGAUUGUGGUUCAAAACCCCGGACGGGACACCUACUGCAUUAUAGCCGGCGCGGAGAACAUGCGCGUGAAGAACCUGAUCUCCUCAGACCAGCACGAUGUGGUUUGGGCCUCCUGGUUGCUGGAGUGUCUGGAGCAGAAGGAGGUGGUGCCGUGGCUGCCUCGCCACAUGAUCCACAUGUCCCCCACCACCAGGGAGCACUUCGCCAAGGAGUACGACAGCUACGGCGACAGCUACUUCCUAGACACGGACGAGCAGCAGCUGCGGGAGGUUUUCGGGCGUAUCGGCGACGUGGAGGCGGACGUUGAUGUGGCGCAGGUGGAGGACCGCUAUGGCUUUAGCGACCUUCCGACAAGCAUGUUCAGACCCUUCACGGCGUAUGCGGACAUGUUUGCUGAUAUUGGAGAACCUGAAACGCUCAUACCCGCGACCUCUCUGAAGAUCAGAGCGCUGGAGUUUCGCUUCCACGGAGGAAAGGUGGUGGAGAGGCUGGAGGAAGGAGUUUCACACGUUCUCAUCGAGGACCAGACCAGACUUCUAGACCUGAGGACUCUGAGGCGCUGCUUCAGGAGGAAGUUCAAGAUCGUCAAACACACGUGGGUGACCGACUCCAUUAAAGCUGGUGGACUGCUGGAUGACAGAGAAUACUUGGUUUGAAAAAAUAGAUUUUUAGAUCUUUUCGCUACAAAUAAAUGCUACUGAUGAAUUUAAACA